UCUUGUCCGGUGCAGGGAAAAAGGUAAUCCCUGCACCGGACACCCGCCGCCGCCACACACUGACAGGCGCUGGGGACAGACAAGCUGUCCCCGCGCUGUCAGAGACAUUGUCCCGCAGGGGACACAGGCGCCCUGGCUGCUGCAGCUGGAAUGUGUCCUGUAAAACAGGACACAUUCCCACACCUGCAUCCGGAAGAUCUAGGACCCGUACUUGUAUACCCGGGCGGCCUGGAAGUGGGGAGCUGCAUAGUAUCUCCAGUCCAUACACUCUUGGCAUUCAUCGGGACCCAGGAGCAUGGAGAGGAGGCUCUGAUAAGACUACACUCUGCUACACUUACCUGGGAACACUGCAGGGGAGCAGCACUGAAGCCUGACACUCUAAACAGCGCAGCCUGCAGACACCUCGGACUAUGGAGAGGCAUUGUUAACCCUGCACUGACCACAGCACACAGUGACCAGUAAAUCACAAUCCUCAGGGUUGGGAAAACUACCAAUAGGAAUACCUGUCAAAGUGCCAGAAGUGUCAUAUGACUGAUUACACUGCUCUCUGCGGUCAUUCAGAUAAGAUGCUGUUUAGAGAUGUCUGUACUAUUAUGUGACAACAGGGGUCAGUGCUGGUGGGCACAUACGCAAGGACACAAAAAGAACGACUAGUAUGAUCAAUGGAAGUGCAGACUGUGCGUGGGAGCCCAUGUCGCGGAGGGAGAGGUUCCCAUGUGACCGUUUUAAACAUGCCGGAGUUUUAUAUAAUGGUUUUGUGUACAUUCAUGGUGGUCGGCAGGAUUAUCUGCUUGGGGAUUUUUGGAGGUACAAUAUAGCCGUCGGCCAAUGGGAGCAGCUUCCAAGCAGCAGACAAGCUCCGGAUAAGCUGGAAGGACACUCCAUGGUAGCUCAUGAGGGUGUCCUGUAUGUGUUCGGAGGAAUGGUGGAUUUUGGGGCAAACAGACAGGAUACUCCGUUGUGGAUGUAUGGCAUCGAGACAAGAAAGUGGUAUGAAUUCAAGCCUCUUGAAGGACAGAAGACCAGGCCAACAAACCGGAAGGGUCACAGUGCAGUCGUAUACCAGUCUGGCAUGUUCAUCUACGGAGGCUACUUUGAUAUUGAGGGGGCAGUGGAAGAAUUCUGGGUGUUUUAUUUUGAUACACAGAAAUGGUCGGCACUUAGUCCCCGCACACGUGGCCUUGGACCAGGCCCUCGCUAUGGCCACUCCAGUGUCACAUACAAUGCUGCAAUGUACCUGUUUGGGGGACUAAAGAAUAUGGCAGAACAGAAUGAUUUCUGGAGAUUUGACUUCCGAAGACACAACUGGUCCAACAUCAAAACCAGCUCAACACCUCCUAGAAUGGUUGGACAUGCGUCAGUCAUCCACCAAGGCUGUUUGUGGAUUGUUGGGGGUGGUUUACCAUCCCGCUCCCCAACCAAUAAUUUGUGGAAAUACCAUUUUACUUCUCGCUCGUGGAAGAAAUUUUCCAAAGGGAUGGAGAUUGUGGACUGUGCAAAGAUGUAUCACUGUGUAAUUGCAAUGGGUUGCAAAUCGAGGAUUCAAUCUACAUUUCCUGGGGGGAGUGUUGAUACUCCUGAGACUGAUGUACAUUAUUCUCUGCAGACAUGGGGUGCCAAUAAAGUGGCAUCAAUUACUGACUCAGAGAUAAUAGAAAUGAAAACCUUUAAAGAACGUCCAGUGAGCCCUGUAUUAUGUUCCUGCUCGUCAAAAGCUCAAAUGGAUGAGUGCCAUCUUCUUGCCAGCUAUGAGAAUGAAUCUUUCACUUACCAUGGAGAAGAAACAGAAGCGGAUUAUCAGCAGACAGCCUUGGAGUGUAGGACACAGGCUGAGAGUCAGGAUGUUUUACUAGUUAUAGGAGGAAAACCUCUCGCCAAGCACUGUAAGAUCUCAAUGUGUCAAAUUAAAAUGGGGGUAAUAUCUGAUGUUAAUUAGCAAUGCUCCCAGUAUAAGGGACUUUGGUUACUGUGUAACAGUCGCAAAAACACUCCAGGAGAUACGUAUUGUAGAGAUGUAGAGCCAAUGUUUUAAAAGUAAAAAUGCUACACAUUAUGCUUAUGGUGAUCAAUAUAGGGAACCUUUAUACUGCAAACUGAAGUUCUGAGCUGCUUCCACACAGGAAUUUACAUCCUAUGUACUGUCACCUCUAUUAUAUUACAAGAAUCACAUAUCUAGAGUGGACGUGACUGGCAUUGGAGAAAGAUGUAUCGCCUAGUGUCAAAAUGUUGGUGAAAAGAGAAACACUUAUUCUUAAACAGUUGAGUUACAGCAAAGCAUCACACCGCAAUAGUAUAUUUUUGUUUUUUAUUUUAUGCUUCAUGAAAAGGUUACUUAAUGUAUUCUAUGGUAAAUGAAUCCAGCGAGGGCUACACUUCAUUUUAUGAGCUGUUACAAAAUGGUGUAAACUGCAUGGACUAAGAAAGCCAGAAUAAACAGAUAUCGGGACAGUGUAAAACAGAAUGACAUUUCAUACAGGGAGACCUACUCUGUCAGACAAUUAUCUAGAAUUAUGGAUCCAGUAGACGGUCUGCUGAUCUCCUUUACUGCUGCAUAAUCACUCGCCAACAUUAAGUUUAUUUUAGGUAGAUAGAUAUUAUUAUUUAAUAUACAUUUUGCACAACCUGGUGGCAUCACAGGAAAUGAAGGAACCUAAAGACCAGAGUGAUAAAAAAAAUAAAAAAAGCACACACAAAGAAUGUAAAGAAACAUUACAGGGAUCAUACAUUUAAGACUUACAGUAUACCUUAGAUUUUGCAUGUUGGCAGAAUAAUUUCUUUCAAAAGUAGAGUUUUAUUAUUCUUUGGAAAUCCUGGUUUCUAGAGAAAAUAAUGUGAAUAUAAAGAAGUAAUGUAGCUAGUGUAUUUCUGACUGAUGUGUUAAAAAUGGAGAUUAAAUUACAAGAAUGGUCUGCAAACAUUCAUCUAGUUUUGCAAAUUUCUAAACCAUUUUCUAUUUUUCUCCUAGUUUCAGAAUACAGCUGAAUGUGUGCAAUAUAUUGAUUUUUUUUAUAGUAUUGUAAAAUGUCUUGUCAAUAUUUUUAUAUAACCAAAUGUUUUAAAGAGUCUUCCUUUUAUAUAACCAGAAAUUUAUAUGCAAUUUUGUGUUGUAAUUAAAUAUUUUAUAAUAUAAUCUGCCAUAACACAGAAUGGUCUUUGAUGUGCUUAAUAACGUAACAUUACAGAUGUGGCAUUUUAGACAUUUGUUUUGUGAUACACACUCCAGCAUAAUUUUUGCUAUAGAUCAGGGGUUAAUCAGGAAAAGGGAUUACUCUGCGCCAAAAGACACUAUAUAAAACCACAGUGUGCAGUCUGUCAUGUGUAGUAAUUGACUCAGUAAGACUUCAGAUAUAUGUAACCACUUUUAUAUUUGGUCUGUUAAAAAUAACAAAAUUAAACACACACAUAUAACAUAUACUUUGUAACAAUAAAUUACUCUCUAUGGAAGCAAUGUAAAUAAUAUACAAUAUAUUUAAAACUAACUUGUUGGCUGUUUGGUUGGAAUUAAAUUACUUAACACUGGCGUCCCAGUGUCAAAUUGAGUGAAAAAGUCCCGCAAUGUAAUAAUGCAGUAUCUUGAUAAAUGACUUACAGAAAUUGCAGUGUAUAAUUACCCAUGUGCUGGUUCCUGGAAUAAUUAAAUGCAGGGUCCGUUUUGUAGAAUAA